UAAAAGGGGGAGCCAAGCGCCUCUGCAAGGUAGGGAAGCGUGGGGCAAGAGGAGAGCGCGGACCUCUUCGCUGAAGAGCAGGUUUGAGAGCAGACGCCGUGGAAGCAGUUUCCCAACAUGAACCUGAUAGCAGAACUUCUCUGUUUGUUGGCGUGCCUCACCACACUGACUUGUGACCGUGUCUACGUCCACCCUUUCAAUUUGUUUUCUUUCAACAAGAGUACUUGUGAGGAGCUGGAAAACUUGGUACAGGAGGGAAAGAAAACUUUUGUCCCUGUCUCCAUCAAGUCCCAAACCACACCUGCCUAUGAAGACGACCUGAACCAGGACAAGCUGGAAGUCCUGAGCCCGAGUGGCCGGAGGAGGCAGAAGAUGAGGUACCUGAAGGACUUAAUCUAUGUCCUGGGUGCACGGUUUUACAGUGUGCUGCAGGAACGGCGGCAGGGCCAAAACGUGCUCCUGUCCCCAACCAGUCUUUAUGGCUCCUUGGUGUCUCUCUACCUGGGCGCCUCAAACCAGACAGCGGCUGAUUUGCAGCGUUUGCUGGGAUUUGUUCCCCGCUCCGGAGAUCCUGACUGCACCUUCAAGGUGGAUGGACACAAAGUCCUUUCCAGCCUGAGGAUGAUUGAAAGCCUUGUCAAGAGCAGGGAUGAGGAGUUGCAAUUUUCCAAGAUGCUCUGCCUGUUCUCCGCCCCCAGCGUGCCUCUAUCCCAGCUGUUCGUGCAGGACUUGCUCCCUUCUGCUGAUGCUCUCUACGCCCGAGCUGUUGACUUUACAAAACCAAGCGAGGCAGCAAAGCAAAUAAAUGCCUUUGUGGAGGCCAAAAGCAAGGGCCAAAGCAAGUGCUUACUGACAGACAUCGACCCAUCUGCUGAUCUGCUGUUUGUGGUGGACGUCCACUUGGCAGUGAACGUUAAGCAAGCCUGCCAGCUCAAAGAGCCUCAGGAGUUCUGGGUGGAUUCAAACACGAAGGUCUUGGUUCCUAUGUUGUCAGUGACGGGGACAUUCAAGUACAACACUGAUGCUAGUGGGACUUUUUCUGUGGUGGAAGUCCCCAUCAGCAAGACUGCGCUGCUGGUGCUGCUGCAGCCCAUCAAUGGCAGCGAGCUGGAACACCUGGAGUCUGAGCAGCUGUUGCAGUCCUCAGCUUGGCUUCAGCAGCUGGCCCCAAGAGAAAUUAAAUUAACACUGCCGGAGUUAACAACAGAAGGCAGCUCUGAUCUACAGGAGCUUCUUGCAGAUAUGGAACUGCCUACACUGCUGGGAAAGGGGGCAGAUCUCAGUAAAAUAAGCGAUGCCAAUCUAACAGUUGGAAAGGUAAUAAAUAAAGCCUUUUUCAAACUGACCGGUGAUGGAACAGAUCAGCCAGAAGACCCCACAGCACAGAAGGAAGAUGUGGCGGUCCUGGAUGUAACACUGAACAAGCCCUUCCUUUUAGCUGUUUUUGAAGAGAAAUCAAGGGCAAUGCUUUUCCUUGGCAGAGUGACAAACCCUCUGAACAGGGCUUAGUGCAAGCACAGGGAAUAGGGAGGGAGGGGAACGACAUGCAUUUCCCAUCACCUUCUUCUUCUUCAUCAGCUAAUUUUACUAUCUUGUUGAGUGCUCUGUUUAGCCUGGACAUGAAGCAGGUAGUGUCUGAAAUACAGCUUUCUGAAAGCUUUUAAAACAUUGCAACGUUUCAUCCUUGUUCAUCUAUUUCAUACGAGGCGACUCAAACUGUUCCUCCAGCUUCUCUUCCUUAUUCCCACCACUUUGUCUCCUUUCUGUCCCCAGCUCCCUUUUUUGAUCCAGUGGGGACAAAGUAGUAGCCAGCAGGGCACUGACUUAAAAAAAAUAGUUUUAUAAGCCCAAGCAGCAUUUACUAGAGAAAGGUGUAGCAAAGGGCCUCUUCCUUCUUUAAGAGGUCACUUUAUAAUUUUUAGUUUGGAGAGUCUUGCAACAGAGACUCCCUUUUAUGCUACAGUGAAAGUUUCAGCUAUCCACAGAGAUUUCUGUCUUCAUCAGCAACAUUUUCCUUUAAAACGCUGCCAACAGCGCAGGCAAGCUUCACUUGUCCCACUGAGACAAGAUUUUCUGCCUUGGAAGCAAAAACACAUUUAGAGGAAGUUUCUUCUUUCCGCAGUCCAGAUGGAUACAUUCAUUUCUUAACUCUAUGGAAAAGCUAAAAAUAGAGUUUGGUAGCAUUAAUGAACAGUGAUGGAUAAUUCUCAUAGCUUGACAGAAUUAUCUCUGACUUUUUAGGAAAAAAAAGCCCAACUAUUUCAAUACAAACCCGUUCCUUGGGUUACUUUCUAACCUGAGAGGCAUCUAUUACAGCCUUACAUCGAAAAAGAACAUUACCGGUUAGAGCCCAGAUAUAUAAACUUUAACAUAUCAAAACCAUAUGUUCUUAAAAACUAGUAUUAAUGGCAAUAAUCUGUACUAGUAUAAAUGGUGGAUGUGCUGGUACGCAUGAAUAAAAAGGUUUCAGUGGUCCAAUCCAACUGUUCACAGAGUCAUAAAGGUUUGAAACAUUGAACUGGAACGAGAGAUUAUUAGAUGGCUCUUGAAUUAGGAAGCGAGGAAUUGGAAAUGAAAUCUUGGUACUAAGGAAAGCCUCUCAAUGGAACAAGGAUUUCCACUUCUAACCUCCAGAUUUGCCUUUAACACUGAUGGCAUUUAGAAAAUAUCUGCAGACCUCUUUGGUAUAUGAUGCCAGAUGUAUCCUACAAAGCACGGUAGCUCAUUGUCAUCCAGAGUGGCCCAAAUGUCUAAUCCAAACCCACUAAUGCCAGUGGCUUGCUAUCGGUGAUGUAGAUAACGUGACAGAUCCUUCUGGGGUGUUGGAAAAGACUAGUAACACAACUAGAUAACGCUAGGAUUUCAAGUGCCAUGAUAUAGCAUCCAUGUAUUUAUCCGAUUACACUGUAUGUAUUCCAGCUAACAUCUAAAUACUGUAUUCAUACAUAGAAGCAAUUAACUAUAAAUAUGCAGAGAUGGAAAAAUGCAAAUAAACCCACUUCCAAGUUGCUUUGCCACA